AUGCCGUUUAAGCAGCGGAUUUUAAUUGUUUUAAUCACUGAACUGUACUGCUGCUAUUUUUAUUCAGUCUAUAGCCAGUCUGUAUCACUGACAGAUUAUGUAACACCAGAAAACUGCAGCAACAGCCAAUUUUAUAAUACACAUCGACUUCAGUGUAUCAGUUGUAAAAAUGGUACUGUUGCCAGUCCUGAUCGACUUGGCUGCAUUUGUCCACAUGGUUAUUUACAAACAUCUGCAGGAUGUGAACAGUGCCUCUCUGGUAGUGUUAUUAAUCUUUUUUUCGUUUCAGGACGAUACAUAACCGAUGACAAUUUAUAUUGUGUAAACUAUAAGAAUUGCAAUGUAUCUGCUCAACAAUAUGACACUACCUAUUGCUCUAAAUGCUCAGAAGAUUCAAUUAAAAUUUACAAUUUAUCACCGGAAAAUAAACCACUUGAAAUUGAAUGUGCUGCUUGUCCGAGUGGUUAUAAACCUUCUGCUGAGAAGACCUAUUGCAUUCCAUGUACAAUAGAAGAUCUGCAUGCUUGUGGAUGUCAGCAGACUGACUGUAAUUUUGAUGAUAUUUUGGAUUCGGAUAGUUUAUUUCAAAUACAAUUAGAAAACGGCCAACAAAUUGAGUCACCAUAUUUACGUAGAAAUGUUCGACUGGCAGAAAGUCAGUGUAAUUCGGGAAAUAUUGAAGCCUGUCAACAUCUGGCAAAUAUGUGUGUUCUUCAAAACUACAAAAGAGAAGGAGUGACUGCUUGUACGCUGUUUGAAACAAUCUAUAACAGGGAUCACGCUAGGCAUCCAAGAAGAAGAAGAAGAAGAUUUCGACAUUUCAGCGUUAUUAUUUAUUUAAAAAAGUUUAGUGGUUCUAAUGUUCCAUGGUUGUUUUACUACAAUACCGAAACAACCAUUGAACUGUCGAGAAGAAGCGCAAUCAAUGGAAUAUUCACAUUUGAAGCAAAUUCGCCAAACUCAAAAAUGAACAUACUGCUGAUGGAAUAUGCAAUUAAUGGAAAAUUUCUAGGCUUCAAGUAUUUGGACAAUAAUGAUGUACUAAUCUGCCGGCAUAUCAGACAACCGUUUAGAUUUGGUGCAAAAAUUCUUCUUACUUGUCAAGUAUCAUUAAAACAUUAUGCAGCUAGAAUGACCAACAAUUUCUAUGACUUCUACUUGCUGUUCGAAAAUAAAGAUGGCAAGAAAAAGAUGUAUGCAUUGCCACUGGUCAACGAAGACAUACAACAGACUGGAGUCUACGUUAACCGGCUCCCAGAAGCAGAGAUGGCACGAUGGGUUCUCAGCAGACGACUUUACUUUUUCGACAACACCUCGAUGCUUCAAGAGAACGUCAACACCUCAAAUAUAAUUUACAGAAUUUGUGACAAGCUUGAAAUAGAAGUUCAACUCCAGAAGGCUAAGGAGGGAAAAAUUAUGCCACCUUACAUAAAAAUUCGUCACCGAGAAAUUCGAGACGCGAUGGACGCAGGAAUCACUGUAAAAUUUAGCAUAAACUAUUUCUUAGACGCUAGUAGGCACGACAGUAGACUUCAGAUCACUGUAGCGGUACUUGGAGCACUUUCGGUAGUAUGGGCAAUAGUUUUAACUUACAGUUGGGGUAGACGAGCCGGAAAAGUUGUGGCGGAUUUUAGUGUUGUAUUAAGGUUAUUGCUUUUCGAAUGUGAUACACUAGCUGACUUCUUUUUCGUCGUUCUCUUUCCGAUGAGUGUCGUCAUUACGUUUGGUUAUAAAGCUCAGAAGUUGCCUUAUUUUGCAUCAUUAUCAGACGAUCAAGAAUGGACUUUUAUGGCGUACUUAUUAGCAACACUAAUUCUGAAAUUUAUUGGUUUACUUCACCGCAUCAUGCAUAUGGUAUUGACUAAGACCUUCUUCAUCGAUUGGGAACGUCCGACGGUGACUUUCGCCAACAGCAACAGCAGUAACAACAACAUUGUGCAACAACCACCGUCACGUGAACAACACGGGUAUUUCUUCAGGAGAACAUAUCUGGUGGCAAAUGAAUGGAAUGAACUUCAUAGCUACCGGAAGACAAAUACAGCACUUCAGCUACUAGUAACACUUGCCGCGCUGCAAUGGCUGAAUCUUCAUAAACUGGCGGUUAUUAAGCCUGGAUUUUCGUUAGAAGAACGAGUUGGAGAUGUAGAAAGUUGGUUAAGUCGAUUUGCUGUCGACUGUGCGAUAUAUUUCGUGAUCGGUAUGGUGCAGUGGAUAUUCCAUGUCGUAGUUUUUGAACGAAUUUUUUCUGAUCCGUUUCAUAACAUGAUCGAUCUUUGUUCGAUUGCGAAUAUUAGCGUCCUAGCAUUAACACAUCCGUUAUACGGCUAUUAUAUACAUGGUAAAUCUGUACAUGGUCGUGCAGAUACGGGAAUUGCUGAGAUGAACAGAUGCUUGCAGAAAGAAAGGGAUAAUUUAUGUGGUGAACGUGGCCUUGAAGCUGGUAGUGAAUUGCAAACAUUUGUUAUAACACUUUCCAAACAAAUUCGAAGUAAAAUGAAUGGAAUUGUUGAAAAAAUGCCGAUUAAUCAACAUAACGAACUCCGAUUAACGGGCAUUGAAGCAACGACAGCGAAGAUGGAGAAUGUUGCAACUGUAUGUGCUGAGAUUAACUUACUCAGACCUCCCAGCGAAACUAAGUUAGUUGCGGGCUGCCAAGAUGUGCGACGUAAACGUUAUACGUUAGAUGUAUGUUUUAUGACGGCUCCGCCUUCUGCUGUGGCAGCCAACAAAGUACAUUUGGAGCUGAAUCGUUUCCUGAUAGACUUUAUCGACCAUAGCAAUUUGAACGGCGACUAUUCCAUCCGUGAUAUAUCCUUUUUGGAAUCAGUAUUGGAUUUGGAUUUUGGAGAUGUAACAAACAAUAGUACACUAGCUCGUGACAAAUCUGAAUUUGGUUUUACCAGAACGUUUAUGUACGGGAACGAGUGGAUAUUUCUGUCAUUUGAGAUGCUGCUGUUCUGCACUGUUGAUGUAUUGACUAAAAGCUCAGUGUUGGCUGCACUGGUAACCUAUGGUGCGUCAAAAGUGUUGCAACGAAUUACUGCAAUGUUAUUCACCAAUAAUUUGGUAAAAAGCAGCUUUGUUGAUCAUCGAUUCAUGAUUUGA